CCGCUCUGGGACCCGGCGGGGCAGGAGCGGUUCAGAUCAAUAACACGCUCUUAUUAUCGCAAUUCUGUGGGUGGCUUACUAGUGUUUGACAUCACAAAUCGACGAUCUUUUGAACAUGUGAAAGACUGGCUAGAAGAAGCAAAAAUGCACGUGCAGCCCUUUCAGAUUGUGUUCCUGUUAGUAGGACAUAAAUGUGACUUAGUGUCACAGCGUGAGGUUACAAGAGAAGAAGCUGAAAAACUGUCAUCUGACUGUGGUAUGAAAUAUAUAGAAACUUCAGCAAAAGAUGCCACGAAUGUUGAAGAGUCCUUUACAAUUCUUACACGAGACAUCUAUGAACUUGUAAAAAAAGGAGAAAUCUCGAUACAAGAUGGAUGGGAAGGUGUCAAGAGCGGCUUUGUUCCAAAUGUUGUACAUUCAUCAGAAGAAGCUGUAAAGCCCAGGAGACAGUGCAUCUGCUGAAUUUGUAGCGUGCCAAAGAGCACAUCGGGUGUUCAGAAGAUGAUGCCAACCUAAAUAACAGAAUAAUAAUUUUGAAACAAUAUUAGAUCAUGACAUAGCUGAAUCAUAGAACGGUAAUUUGUUUUUGUAUCCUUCUGUCUAGGUCAUAACUUCAUAAAACUUUAAGUGCUUUUUUUCUUUUCAGAGUACAAUAACUUUGUGUGGUCUUCAGGAAAAGAAAUUAUAUAUUGCUAAAGGAAAAACUAAUCCUAUAGCAAGACACUGAGAAAGCGCAAUAAUCAUCGUGACAACAUCCUCUCUUGGGCUUUGUAUUUUGAAUACUGUUUAAAAUCAAGGCUUGCUAGGUGAGGAUCAGAUGAGCUCAUUACUUGGUUCAUCCUGCCUUAGUUUUGGACAAGAAAAUAUUAUACCUUAUACUUUUUUAAUGUGAUUCUUUACUCCAGUGCAGGGUUGCUAAUGACCAUUAAAGUUUAGAAUGCUGUAGAAUUUCAUAAUAAAGAUAACUCUAAAGAAA